AGAGUGAUAGGUUCGUACCAGCACGCGAAGCUGUUGAGGAAAAGCGCAGGCGCUUCUCGUGGCCAUGUCCUACAGAAAGCUGCGAUCUAUGGGACAGCAAAUACUUGCAACAAAAGAAGCACGCAGUUCUUCUCUACGGCGUGUUAGGAUUUGAUGAUUUAAACAAAUAUGAAGAGCAAAUGAUCCCAGCAUGGCCGUGCGUGCCUCGACAGAGGAAAUAUCUGGCUCCGGCUGACAGCAUCCUAGACCUGCCUCGCUACGGUGAGGCUGACUUUCCAGAACUUCUUGAUUGGGGCAGCGAUAAUGUGCUAGUGGCAGCCCUGGGACAUAUUUACCACAAAUGGAGCUGGAAAACUCAGGACAUCAUACAGCAUUCGACAACGUCCAAUCAAACGAUGUGUUGCAAGUUCCAUCCCAGAGCUGAAUAUCUCGCGCUAGGAACAACUGGCAGACGAGCUGAAAUUCACGAUAACGAACUUUCGAAAUGCAUAAACAACAGUUACUGCAACUGUGAUUUAUUUUUAGGGAAAGACUAUAACUGCGCUAUAACAGCUUUUGAAUGGAGUCCAACAGGAAAUUCUUAUGUUAUGGGCUGCUCAGAGGGAAGAAUAAGAUCCUUCACCAUCGAUAACAGACCCAUGGCAGAGAGAAGAAUAGCUAAAGUUGCGAUAUCACUACUUCGAAUAUCCCCCGACGCUCGAUUCCUAGCCGUGACGUCAAUCCUUCACGAUGAUACAUACCUUUUAUGCUGGCCUUCGUUCGAAUUAUACUCCACACUAGUGUCUCCUAAUUGGACUGUUAAAGCACUAAACUGGCAUCCGUGGCGCAGCGCUCUGUUAGGCGUUGGGACUGUUACCAAAGACAUCCACGCACGGAUCGUAAUGUGGGACGUACCCGCCGGCAAGAUCGCAGAGUAUGACCUCAGCGACAAAAACUAUUACCUCGACACCAUGAGAUUUAAUCAUAAAAGUGGAGAACUCGUUGUGAGCUUAUACAAUCCUAAUGUGGCAAACGGAAAUUCACAACUGGUAGUGUUGAGUGACCACGACAAAGCAGUGGACCACUGGGGUGAAGGCAGGAAGUUUCCAGAUCGAGUCCGGUAUAUGAUCUUCAAUCCUGAUGGGACAUUGCUAGCUUCAGCGACUUCUGAUGAGGAUUUAAUUAUUUGGAAAUUUCUUCCGGAAGAUAAAAAGAGGAAAACGAAAUCCAAAAGUUUCUCAGCAAUGCCAGUAUAUUUGGAUAUUACGAGUAUCGGUUGUUCAGUUAGAUAA